GCUCCGUGGGCUCCAUACUACAGCUAUCCUUGUGGAUGCUCUUACCCCGUACUCUACCACCCAACCUUACAUUCCUCAAAGCGGCAGAGGGCCCAAAGGUCCCGCCCCGGCCUAUUCCACCGACGCAGCCAUCCAACGAAAUCCCAUCUGCGUUGUGGCAACACCGCAAUUCUCCAUCUUGCAUGUUUGAUCUACGCUCAUGGUGGGUUCCCACCCGUUUCAAAACUCCUCAAGAUCAUACGCCGUCUGUCUGAAAACCUCCUUGCCAGUCUCCCAAUCUGGCGUUAUUACUGCAUACAUGCUUGCACGACAAUAUGCGCCCACCGACACUGCCAUCAUUCCCGUUUCAUUGCCACGGAGGCGGUUCAUCCUACCUACACGAGCAGUGCCCCCACGGCUCACAUCGCCGAUACUUGCAUACAUGAGCCAGACGGUCGGCGGAAGGCCAAAAGCACCUCCGAUAAGCCAGGCAGUCCAACCAAUCAUUCUCUCCCCUUUGGACAUAUCAACUCUAUCUUGCAGGACGCGGAGUCCGCCCUCUAGCUGAAGCUGCCGAGUGUGUUCUACCAUUCAUACUCCGGCCCGACCAACUUGCAGAGUUCAUCCUCCUCGGCCGCCUCGCUCUGCGCCUUGGGAACUGAAUAAUCGAUAUUUUUACCCUCCGCUUUCUCCGCCUCGGCAUGGCCCACUAACACAUCCCUCACCUUGUCGAGAUACCAUUUGACGGCAUGCUCUGUUGACAAAAGGGUGGGCUUCGUCAGCUCCUGGAUAUAUUUUCCGAUGGGAUUGUCCAGAGUCUGGCAAACAUACCUUCAAUGGAGUGCAGCCUGCCUAAGCCCAGAACCCCGGAUUUAAACCCUUUCUGGGCAUUAACGGCCAGCUCGACAUCCUCAGUCUCGACGAACCGCCAAUAGCCAAUGUCAUGCUCCAUCCAAUGGUCGUACUCCGGGCUAGGUUUCUGCAUACUCGACCUCCGGUAAGUUUCGCUCUGGUACGAGGUCUCCAGUGCGCCCGUUGCAUUAAAGCGAGCGAUGAACAGGAGGUUGUCACUGAAUAUGACCGCGCCGAUCGGGUACAACCAGGCUAGACGGACAAGUUAGACCUGAUGUCAGUGUCGCUGUUCUUUCACUAGACCAAUCCCAGGGCGGACUUACUGAUAUAUGCUUCUGACAGCCCUUCCCUCUUCGGAGGCAGGAAAUGGCGUGAUGCUCCUAUGCCCUGCCGGAGGUAGUAUUGGUCCAGUGCAAAAUCCUUGGGCAAGGUUGUCGGGUGGCCAGUCUGGCAAUGAUAACAUUCCUGACACCCUGUUACCAAAGUUCAAGAUGUGGCAGCCCAAGGGGAGAGAGGCAAACCUGGAAUCCAUCCGCAAAAGUUUUCCAGUUGAACUCGGUUCCUGCCGCUGAACUAUUCCAGGUAUGAUCAUACUCCCACCCAUCAUUCGGGAAGAGCGCAAACUCGUCCCCAAUCUCCCUUCCGGUCUUCGUCGCCGGGGCUGGAUCGAAGUCGUCACCAAAUUGAUCCUCAAAACUCACCGCAGGAGUCUCCCUUGCAUCGAAGUUUACAAAGAUGAAUCCUUGGGCCGUCACAUGAGUGUGGAUUCUGAACAGCGAAUGCUGCUUGGGAUCAAAGUCUUCGAGAUUGCUGUAUUCUCGGGCUUUGUGCAAGUCUCCGUUGGGCAGGUACGACCAGCCGUGAAAUCGACAUGCCAAAACCGUGCUGGACCCGCUGGACUUCUGAGUGACCGGGUGGCCUCGAUGUCGACAGAUGUUGUGGAAGGCGUUGAUAUUCCCGUCUUUGUCGCGGAUGAGGAAGAAGUUCCAUCCAAACAUCUGCACGAGUACUUCAGCCUGGACAACAAUCUCUCUCGGAAGGGUGUUGAGGCCGUACCUCGAGUGUCAAGUAAUCUCCUGCUUUCUGAAAACGCGCCUUGAAACUCGCCACGUGCCAUAGCUACGAGAAGGACAAGUCAGAUCUGUCAUCACUCCUUUGGAAGUUGGCGACGACGACCAAGGAGUCCUCCAGCCUCGAGCAAGCACAGUGUGUGGGACUAAGACAGGUCUCUUACCGUGGAGAACAACGCCCGCCUCUCGAGCUGGAAGAUUUUCUCGUCGCGAUACCAUCUGUUGCGCAUCCCUCGGUCAGCAGUCUGGUCACGACAAGUUGCUAUCUAUGUCUGUUUUUUCCCCCCAUAAUGAAAGAACCCGACGAGCGCAGACGGGGUGCCCUGGCCGCGGGCCCCGAUUGCAUACCUAGAAGGUGCCAAACUCAACGUCUUCCUUCCCAGGUCGACCGGGCGCAGAUUCUUCUCGCGUCCCUUUUGGAGGUAUCCGCCGUUGGCGAGGAAUUUUGUGCUGUCGACGGUCGUCAUGGUUCCGGGCGCGCGUGUACCACGCUUUGUUGUAUAUCUUCCCCCCUGCUUCUCCCGCUCUCGUCAAACUUGGGCGCCAGAUACUGUCAGAGGCACUGCAAUACACCGCGAUGCGAUCCGAUGGUCGUAGACGGUUUACAAGCGCAAUGACAAGCUAGCAGGCAACGCACUGCUUCCACCCUUUCGCUUCUCCAGGGGCGCAGAUGACACAGUUCAGAUGCCCGAGCCACUGAUCAGGCCAACGAUAAAGAAUCC